ACAACUUCAUCUCAGUGAAGCUGAUCGAUUCUGUAUUCAGAUUAACAAAUUAGAAAAAAAGACAAGCAUUUAUUUCUUGGAUUAUCUGUGAGGUUUGGGAGCUGACACUUCAGGAUGGCCGGGUUCUUCUGGAUGCUGGGUCUCGCUCUUCUCGCUCAGGGCUUCCUGUGUAUCCUUGGAGACAUUGAAGUUGGCUGCAAGAAAUGGGUUGCAGACUCACAGAUCAAGGGCAACAUUAAGUGUGUUGAAUGUCAUCCUGGGAAUCGGCUGGCCAAAUGGUCUGGUCGAAAUCCUCGGGAGCUUUGCACUCCGUGUGAACAGGGAACUUAUACGGUUCAUUCUUUGGCUUCUCAAUGUUCAUCAUGCAUCCAGUGUAUUGGCGCUCUUGUCCAUUUGAAAGACUGCACCCCCAAAAGUAACACACAGUGCGGGUGUAAAGAAGGUCUUCGCUGUGGAAACGCAGAAUGUAACUUCUGCGUGGACGAGUGUGGAAAAGGACAGCAGCCUACAAAAAAACGUGACUGUGAGCCUUGUCCUCCAAAACACUUUAAUGACCAAAUUCACCAGGAGUGUAAACCCUUCACCAGGUGUCCAGAUCCAACUCAUGAUGUCGUAUUCCAUGGAAAUGCAUCUUCUGACGUCAUAUGUAAACUUCGUCAACCUGCGACACCUCUACCCGUGACCAAUCCAGUGAGACCUGUCGUGAACAAAGAACAUCCAUGGCCGAUGGAGUCAUUUGCUGCCAUUGGGGCCCUGAUGAUGUGUCUGAUCGUCUUUAUCGUCAUCGUGUCGGCGCUGAUCCAUUGCAAAGGCAAAAAGGAAAAGGCACAAAGGACUCCCUCAAAAACACCCAUUGUUAUUAGUAACCCUUCAGAUGAGCCAAGGACACUGAUUGCUAUUGAAUGCAGUUUUCAUGAAGCCCAGCAGGAGCAGGGAAACAGCACAGAAUCGCUCAUAUCGAAGGACUCGGAGCAGGAAUUUGUGUGAACGUAAGCAAAGUGGCAUCGACGGCUGAGGGAAAUAUUUCUAUCCUAAACAAGGCGGGAUUCUUUGCCAAACUGAGCCAAAUGUUUCAAGGACUUUGACCUAAAGAAGGAGCCUCUACCAGUCCCUCUCCUGGCUGUUUACUAUUUAUCACAAACACAAGAGGAAGGGGAAUUCUGAGAUGGGGGGAAAAACCAAGUGGACUUUAACUGUGACAUUUCUUUUAUUCAAAUGACAGCAGCCACACUGUUCUUCCCCUACUGGAGGGACAAAGCAGCUUUAUUAAGUGUUUUAAAACACUGCACUGUGUAGUGACUGACAUUUCAGUCUUAAAGAUUCUUCGUAAUGUGUAGGUAUAGUGACGCUGGUACCUGUUUAAGCUACUAUUUCUGUGGAAAAGAGAGUGCUGUAUAGUGUUGUUCAGUUUGAAAGUACAGUGUAAGUGGGCGUUCAGUUUUUAGUCAUUUGUCAUACCGAGCCCACGUACGCCUUCCUGGUGCAAAUGUUAGCCUUUACCUUUGUUCCAUUGAUCAACCCAGUUACCUACGGUGUUUCUUUUAGUUGUUGUCUUUUCUGCUGAGUGUGUUGCAUGUAUUGUCUGGUUAUUAAUAGUGCAAGUACGUAAACGAGACCAAGUGACAACAGCGUCGUUUUUGAUCAGCUGAACCCACAGAUUUACAUGCAGGCUAUAAAAAGACAAAACCAUUUCCAUCCCCACUGAUUGGCAGUGAAUCAAACAUUUCCUACUUUAGUUCAGCUCGUGACCAGAAGUAGUUCUAUUUAAUAAACGGUGAAAAUUGUUAAACGCAUACACUGAGACUUCACUGCUUUUAAUCAAGUUGGGCAAAUCCAGUUGAUGACGACGUAGCUUUGUCAGCUUCUGAUAGGUUGACUCAGAAUAUUUCACUUGAAUGGAUGUUUAUACCUGUGACUGUGAACCUCAGACUACUGUACUUGCAAAAUCAGGUUUUGGAGGAGGUUAAUGAAAUGAAGUAUACUUCUAAAUGAAUUUUGACCGACUCGGUUACACCUGAAGCUUAUGGCAGCAGAUCUUUUGACCAAAGAGAUGCAUCUUAGUGCAAUUCUACUAAAUAUGAGUAAAUGUACAUAGACGUACUAAUUUGUAAAAAAAAAAAUGUUAUGCAUUUCUUAAGGACAGUGUGCUAAUAUCUGGUUUCAACUGUAAAACUUGUAUCUAUAUUUCAACUCCAUUAACGUGGUUAAUCGUGGAUGUACUAAUGCAGCCAGUUGGCUGUAAAAGCUGCAGAACUUAGCAUAAAAUUUAAUGUCAAUAAAAACUUCAUGGGCUCUCCAGCUGUUGCUUAACUGCUAAUCAGAAAAAGUCCAGAAGGGGUUUUCCCAUGUUGUCCUUGAGGUUCAGCCAGCAAUGAGUCUUCAGACUGGAGGCAUUUAGCAAAAUCUUAGGAUAAGCACAAGUUGACUCAUGCCUUUUGCACAACGCAGAUGACAAGUAACCUUUAAUGUCAGGUCAUUCAUUAGUCAUGGCUUGAGUUCAUUUCAGUGUCAUAUCGAAGAGAUAAAAACUUGUUAGCUUUAACUUCAAUUAUAGAUUGAAGUUGAGGCUUCAGGGUCAAGUGGAAAAACCCCACUGCCGUUUUGUUUCCUGUGAAACUGCUGUACUUGAACAAAGUAGGUGGCUGGGGAGAUAAGACCAACAGGAAGAGUUGGGUUUUUAUUUUCUUAUUUGUCGUUUUAAAGCCGUAUUUCUGGCUUGAACUGUAGCAGGCGUUAUUUCUUAACAAAGUGGAACAAAGAAAUAUCACGUGUGGGCUUCUGGUGGAAACAAAGUAAGCCCACAUCUAUUGUAAUUUAUCACACAAGUGUGUAGACUGAGUCACUAUUCUCAGGUGGGCGACGUUGGUCUAACAGACCUCAAAAUUCACAAGCGCCGUCCUGAGACGAGCAAACGCAUACGCUGACUGUAUCACUUUAUUUGGUCUGUCAUCUGCUGCCUGAGGCGAAUGACGAACUCCUGAAGAUCAUUUCCACCGUUCAGAAAAUGGAUUCAAUCUGUGUUGUAUUUAAAGUUCUGCAUUGUACUUUUAUCACAUUUUUCAAACGCCAAAUAAAUGAUAUAUAUAUUUUUUUA